CUCCCCCCCCCCCACCCUCCAAAAGGGGGCAAAUAAAUCAAAACCGCUGUUAGCUUUGAAAAUAAGAAACUAUUUCGAUUGCCUUGCAUACCCUCCACCCACCGACCCCAAUUAAACUCAGUCAAAAUUAAAUCUAGUGAAAGGGCUCGCGUGGUGCAGCGGUAAUGUCCCUGCCUCUGAGCCAGGAGGCCCAGGUUCAAGCCCUACCUGCUCCACAGAGAGUCCACAUGAAUCAAAGAAGAUAGUGUACAUUUCCAUGUCACUGAUCGCUAAGCGAAAUUUGCAACUCCCUGCAGAAAAACUGACACCAGAAGACAUAACAAAUGCCGUGGGGAAGUUGACAACUGUUCGAUUGGACAGGGAGAAUAUUGGCGCCCUUGAAAAUAUUGAAUGCUUGGAAAAUGUCUGCAGUCUUUAUCUUCAGCAGAAUCAGAUAAAGAGGAUAGAAAAUUUAGAAUUGCUUGGCAAUUUAAGAUUUUUGACACUGGCUAGUAACAAAAUCCAGAAGGUGGAAAACCUUAAACCUUUGCAGCAACUGGGAUUCUUAGACCUUUCAAAUAAUCAGAUUGAACAGCUUGACCCAGGUGAAUUUCCAGAGAGUCUCAUCAUUCUGAAGAUGACUGAUAAUGACUGCACCAAACACGAAGGAUAUAGGGAGAGGGUGAUAGAAGCUCUCCCUGCCCUCCAGCAGCUUGAUGGUGACCCUAUUCAAAGGAGGAAGGAACCAAAUGAAACUGAUGAAGAAAGUGGAGCCUCUGGACAUUCUGAAAGUGAGGAGGAUAUGGAAGAACAAUAUGACACUGAAACUGAAAGGGAAGAUUCAUUGCCUGAGAUCUCAGUUUCACGAGGAAAAGUAAAAGAAUUUUUUGUUGAUAUUCACAAAGAAAUAGUUUGCCGAUCUCAGUGGCGAAGGAAGGAAGCUGAAACUGAUCAUAAGCUGAGGAUGAAUGAGCUGGAGGAGAUUCGGAAGCAGAUAACUCAAAGACAGUAUGAACCAAUAAGAAUGAAAAACAAUUCCAGUUAUCAAGAACGUGAUCAGAAUGUUGGUUUAAGUGAAGCGGGAACCAAGGAAAUGCAGAUCAAGGAGCCACAGCUGAAACUUUUGACUGAUACUCCUGGAAAACAGAUACAUGGCCAAUAGGCAGAUUGCUUUAAAGCAAUUUGACUACAUUGGCUAUUGGAGCACUAUGCCAUCCAGUUCUGCUUUAGGCUAAAAAAAAUGAACUCAAUCAUAUUUAGAAGACCCAGUCUUGGACUAAGGAGCUGAGAUGUUUCCCAUUAAAGAGAUAAUAGAUUGUGUUUGGAUCAGAACUUUUAAAACAAUAGAAAAACCUUCCCUCUUUUUUAUUGACUGGGUUGGCAAAUGUACUGACCAAUGUGUAACUGAACGAUGCAGACCCAGAGUUCCAUUCAUUCUCUGAUCUGUGCUACCUUUCUGCUACUCUCUGUAACGGUAGUUGGAUAUAUGAGGAAUUUACAGUGUACAAAACUGGACUGUGAUGCAGAAUUAAGGCACACAGGCCAGGAAGGAGUCAGCUUUGUUCUCUGAUCUGUGCUAAUUUCCAGUGCAGCCUAAUUAGAUGGAGUGAGUAGAUUUAUGAUUCUCAAAAGCUGAGUGACCCUACAUGUUUCGGGUGUAAGUGCAGUGUAUUAGUUGAUACGUAGCUAUAAAGAUCAAAAAAAGAUAUA